AGCUUCUCCACAAUCACUUGGCCCAUAUAGUUCCCACCAGUGAUAUUGGACUGAACCGCCUUUUGUAAGUAAUACGAGGCGCAUGUACCUCUACGCCGAGGGAACGAUAGAAGGAACGGGCUUUGUGAGGCUGCAUUCGUCGAUGCGCUAACCAGCAGCUUAACCACGAGACAAAGUUAUUGCGCCACGGCAUUGGAGGCCUUGAAAGGUAUGUAAGCAUACUGAGUCGCGAUAAUUUCCGGAGUUUAACAACGACGAUUGAGAGCUGUGUCUGAACCAACGGCCGCGACUUGACUGCGACCCAGCAAUCGACACCAUCAUGUUUCGUCUCAGUGUAGCCCUACUCCUCGCAGCCGUGGCAUCUGCUCAGACUGCCAACUACACUACAACAGCAUGGAUGACCAACUUCGCAGGUUCUGACAAGUAUGGCUACGUCGCAUCCGUCAUCAACGCCGACGCCCAACACAUGACACUGUCUCUGGACUUCGACACCGACACCGACAGAGAAGCUCUGCACAUUGGCGGCAUUGGCGGCCACUGGACUUUUGGCGCCUCCUCCUACACAAUCAAAGAGCCCAUGACUAGAUUCGCCCCGCUGUCAUCAGCCGACAUGAAUCUCAAAGUAGCGUGCACACAGCCUGCACAAUCGGACGCCGAUGUAACAUGUAACGGAGUAUUCGGCGACGGAUAUGCCAGGUUUAUAAGGUGCAAUGAGGACCAGAACACUCGGGCCAGUCAUCGUCAGCCAUCAAACUAUUCGACCGAGUAUCCGCACACAUACGGCACUGGGCUCUGGGGGUCUGGUGGCACUGAGACUAUCACCAACACCAUCAACUUUCCACUUCAAACAGCAACUACAACACCGGCUUGGUGUACGAGCGACGAGGUGCCCACGCCUGAGCUGACAACUUCCUACACAACUUCAGCAAAGGAGUUUGCAGUUUAUCAGAUUGUCAUUUAUGCUGGACAGGAGAAGCUGAGCGCUUACUCGGGGUCUUCCGUUGUGGUGAGCACUGCCUCUGGUUCGACUGGGAGCGCGCCGGCAGCUACGGCAUCAGCUGGCUCAGGAGUUGCUUCCGCGAGCGCCACUGCAAGUGUCCCUCCUGAGAGUACUGGUGCGGCGGGAACGAUCAACGCAGUGGUAUCUGCGCUUGGUGGGAUGGUUGUUGCGGCUAUCAUGGGUAUGCUAUAGAGGUAAAUGCAUCUUGUG